GUUUCCCAACAAAUGGCAGCAGGGAAAUUAGAGCCCCCUCUGGUCUUACCCUUGAAGUAGCCAUUCUUGUACUUGCCCCCCAUUUCCACCAUCCAUCUUCUCUUCAAUUUUGACAGAGACCCAACAAGGCAAAACGGCGAGGGUUACAAUUUUUGUUUCGAAAAACGGGUCAAAAAGAUGAUUCCUCAUCAAUGGGCACCUCCCUGUAACAAUCAGUGCACCCAUAAAUACUCAACUCUCAUGCAAAUUCCUUGGAGAGUCUUUUGCAAAAAAGGAUGUGAUGCUGAUGGAGAGACGUGGGAUGAAUGUUUGUCAGAAUGUGAGGAAAUAUGCUAUAAAAAUCCAGUUCUGAAGGAUCAACAGUGGAGUGCUUACAUUGACCGAUCCCCUGGUGCCGCCAGCUGCUCUGAGGAAUGCUUUCAUGCUUGUGUAGCUGGCUGUGGAUACAAGUUUGACGUUCCUUCCCAAAAAGUCGAUCAAAUCCAUCCAAGCAGGCCUCCUCCGCCUCCUCCCAAAGAGAAACUGACCACACCUGCUGUGAAAAGAAUACUACCCCGGAAAUCUAGCCAAACGAUUGAUGACAUACCUGGGACAUCCGCGUAGCAUCAACAGUGUAGACAACUUGGAAUACAUUUGUUCUGUUAGGAUCACAACCAUAAGUCUAAAUUUUGUCACAAGUCAAGAGGCAGUAGUAAUUUUCUUUAAGAAACAUUUUGAGAGCUCAUUGGAACGUUGGUAAAUUUUCUCAAAAUUAACAAGCAAUCAUAGACAAGUGUUUGGUAUUAUCAUGAGAAAAACUAUGUACAACUUGGCUAAAAAUGUAAUCUCAUUACACCAUGCAUAUCCAAGUAUGUAAGUUUUUAAUGAAAACAUUAUUUUUAUUACCAAAACUCUAAGA